AUGGAUCAGUAUCUAGCGCUCACAUCCUCUGAGAAAUGGCAUAUGACCUUUCCUUUAGUGGGAGAAUUCGACAACCCCACACUGCUAAUGACCGCACGACAUCCCUUGCGUCACAGAAUAUACCAUAUAGCUUUUGAUGACUCUCAGCAACCGAGGAACAUGGAUCAGUCUCUGAAUUCGGUGCAGAGAGGUUCCCAGCGGUUCAAAAGGACCGAACAGAGCAACUCUCCGGCGAUUAUGGAGUCCAUUGACGCUUCUCUGUUGUGCAACAGCAGACUCAUGAACGAACCAUACUCGGAACCCCAUAAAUCAUCUGUAGGACUUAGACCCGAUGUAACGAUAACUUCAGAGUUUACUUCUCUGAAAUUGGGGCCCGAAGAAGAUACAAAUGGAGGCAGCUUCUUACUUAUUGAUGGCAAGGAGCUUUUGAAGGUUUCAUCUGUGGAACAGUUUCUGGGAAGACUCAGUUGUGAAGGAUCGACUCGAGUGAAGGUGGUGUCAGUCUUUGGGAACACCGGAGAUGGCAAAUCCCACACGCUCAACCACACGUUCUUUGGAGGUGUUGAAGUGUUCAGAACGUCUUCAGAGCAGAACUCUUGUACUCUGGGAGCCUGGGCUGCGUUUGACCCCCAGCUGAGGGUCAUUUGUCUGGAUACGGAGGGCCUCCUUGGUAACACCACUCAUGAGAACCAGCGCACGCGGCUGCUGCUUAAGAUUUUGGCAGUGUCAGAUCUGGUGAUAUACCGCACCCGUUCAGAACGACUUCAUCAAGACAUGUUUAGAUUCUUGGGCUCUGCAUCACGUGCCUAUACGCAGCAUUUCCAAUCUGCUCUACAGAAUGUAGGGCAGCGCAGUCAGUUUGGAGGCCCUCUUUCUGCACUGGGACCAGCAGUCAUCAUUUUUCACGAGACCAGACACACACGAACUCUGCAGACUUCUCUGAACGAGAGUGCUGAGGACUUCCUUCGCAGCCGAUUUGCUCAGAGCAAACUGGAGAUAGAAGCAUUUAGUUCUCUGCGCUAUGUGGGAAUUCAGACUACGCAGCCACCCACUGAUUUUUCGGAGCUCAGAGCCGCUGUCCAAGCUGAGUUGGAGAACACUGCUGUUCGCUCUCCAAGGCAACCUCAAGUUGUUUAUCAUACACUGAAACUGCUGAAUGACAAGUUCAGUGGAGAAAUCGCCAACACAGCCCCAGUGUUGUUUCCAGACCAGUAUUUCACCUGUCCAGUUACCUGUAUGUCGUGCGAACAGCGAUGCGAUCGGAGCAUGGGCCAUCUCAAAGAAGGUCUUGCACACUGCAGUGCUGCGAGAUGCCGGUAUCAGCACCAAUUUGAAAACCGGCUCUAUGUGUGCAAAGCAUGCCAUACCAAUGGCAAAGAAGUUGUGGUGCAGCCAAGGGUGGUGUCAUCACUUGACACAUCGUGGGUGGGGUUGGCGAAGUACGCGUGGUCCGGGUAUGUCAUAGAGUGUCCUUAUUGUGGAGAAAUCUAUCGCAGUCGUCAGUUCUGGUAUGGUAACAAGAAUCCUGAAGACAUUGCUGUGAGAACGGAAAUCACACAUGUGUGGCCUGGGAAUAACCCAUCAAUGGUGGGUAGUCAAAAUGCAGCUCAGAAAGUGUUAGAUGGAGUCUCAUACGUCACAGAAGCUGUUGUCAAUGUGGGAUCACCUCCCACCCGAAUCAUAUCAUCUUGGGUAGCAGACCAGAUAGCUCCCAAAUAUUGGCGACCCAACCAUGAAAUUAAGAACUGUCAUAAGUGCGAGAAAGUGUUUGGGCUGCUAGACAGCAAGCAUCAUUGCCGUGCAUGUGGUGAAGGCUUUUGUGAAGAUUGCUCUAACCGCACCAUGCCUGUACCAGACCGAGGUUGGCUUUCUCCAGUAAGAGUCUGUGAAGGAUGUUACACAAGAGAGGUGUAUUUUGAUGCUCCAGCUGCACCUGCAGAGCGAUGUGCUGCCCCACCUGCUGCACAGGACGAAGUUGAUGACACGGAAGUGCGUGCACGCAAGUACAGUGAAGCAGUUGUUAGCACUCUCAGUACAGUUGCUUCAGUACUUGAGUAUCCCAGAGGACUCAUCAAGGAGACUGCGCGACCCACAUACUGGGUACCAGAUUCAGAGUGCAUUAAAUGCUGCUGUUGUGAAGGGGCUUUUGGACCACGUUUGCCUCUGCACCACUGUCGCGAGUGUGGUCGCGGUGUGUGCCAGUCGUGUUCCACCAGUCGGCGGCCUGUGCCAUUGCGGGGUUGGGAUGCCCCAGUGCGCAUUUGUGACCAGUGUGCCAAAAAAGACUGAUAUUUGAAACAGGGAACUUUCACUAUGUAAGUUCUUUAGGUUUUAAUCUCGACACGUUUACUGUGUGGAUUUGUUUUUUCUUAUCGGAUGUAACAACAAUGAAGCUCCAGCACUGUGGAGAUUUACUGUUGAGAUUUGAGUUUUGUACAUUGUUUCUUACUUUGUGUGCAACUAGAUAAGUUCAGUUGUGUCAACAGCAUGAAUUUGCAAACAGAUUCGGGGAUAUUCUGAACUGUUUAAUCCCACCAGAGCUGCCCAUUUAUUAUUCAUAUUAAGGUGGCAGAUAGGGAGUGAUUUUGACUACCAAUGGGAAGAAUUCGUUUACAUUAUAUUCUUUAUCACAGAAUCAUUGUGUUUGUUAAGUUGUGUAUUUUUGUGUCCACAUCCAGUUUUAUUCAAAAGGGAACAUGAUUCUGUUUUAAUUUUAGUCUGUGUGUGCAAUCUUUACAUUUUUGCACUUAGUGCAUAUCGUGUCUCUUAGAACAGGUUCAUGUUUCCUUUGCAAUGGUUAUAGGAAAGGUUUUGAUUUUAUGGUUUAAUCUGAGAAAUAUGUUACUAAGGGUUGCCAAGUCUUCCUGAAAGGAAUACACACACACACACACAUUCAUUUUGAUUGUGAGAUGAAGGGUGGAAUAAAAAAGAAAGGAAAAAAACAUAAAACCCAAAAAUACAGAAAUUGGUAACCUUAUUAUGUAGCAUAAUUUUCUCUAGUUUCAGUUUUUUACAGGUUCAGUUUAAGUGUCUCGAGAAUUUGUUUCGGACCCAGGGAUUGCCUUUUUAGUUUUAUUAAUUGGAUAUUUUUUGAAAGUAUCCUUCAUGAUACCAACUUUUCAAUUCUCAUGGGUCAUAUUUUUUCUAGUACCAAAGUUCAUUGUUGAGUUUUUUUCUUGUAUCUGAGAAUUCUUUAAUAAAUACUUUGCCAGAUGGCAAAAAAUGAAAAAGACACAAUAACAGUUGUUGACUUUGGAACACUUCAUCUCAGUGAGAAGUACGUGUAUUUAGUAUUUUUGAAAUGAGAUGAAAUUUUCCAAGCUUUUUAUUGGUUGUUAAAUAUAAAAUUGGGCAUUGAUAGCCUGGAUCCUUCAUACACAUCUAAAUACCGUGAUUAUUUAAUGUAAUAUACUUUCUUCUUGGCCAAAGAUUGUCCUCAGAUCAGAUGAAGGAUAGUUUGUUAUUAUUAUUAAUAUUAUUAUUUUAUUAUUUUUAUUCUUAUUGCAGUAUCUCAUUUUUGUAUUGGAGUAAUUCAUAAGGUACUGCUUUGUUUCUUUCAUAAUGGAAUUUUAAAGACUUAAACUGAGUUUGUUCCUAAGAAUUGAACAUAUUUUACAUACAAUGUAGUAAAAUGAGAAAAAAUUUUAAUAUCCCGCUCUUCGGUUUAAGAGAAUUUUUGUAGAAAAAUUCUUAUAGUGUGUUAUGGAAGUAAGUCAGCGUGGCUUCUACCUAAGUUUCUAGUGGACAGAAAUGACAUUCACAUUGUUCUAAAUAGUGCAAAGAAAUGUUACGUUAGUUAUGUAUUGUGUUUGUGAUAAAAUAAUCGGCACAGGAGUGGUGCUAGUUUAACAAAGACUGUUUUUAAAUUGGAUCUUGAAUCGAUUCUGAGCCGUUUGUUUAUGCAGUUACUAAAGAUGUGAUAGAGAGCAUUUGUUACAGCUGGAGAAGUUCCAUUUAGAAAGAUCUUUGUUUUCUGAUAGCUAAUGGAGCUUAAAUAUCCAUGAGAAAUUAAUUAUUUAAUCAAUGGAAAAAUUAUCAUUACACAUUAAAAAAUAAGAGCAUGGCUAACUAUUGUCUCUUCUGAUUGUUUGUCAAUUAUUUUCUAAAUAAUUUAACAUCUCUAGUUUAGGUGAUUGUUUUGUUAAUUUUUCGUAAUAUAGUCAUCAUUCCACAUUCAGUUAUAUUCGUUUGCACCUAGAACCACUUUGCUUUGGGCCGUAAUAUCUGCAUUUUACAUUUUGCAUUUUAAAAGAAUUAAAAUAGUCUUCAUAAAUAUAAUUGUAGUCCAUAAACACCAUUCUGACUGCUUUAUCACUUAGUGUUGUUUUUUUCUUAGACUGAAGCAGUUAUUUUUCAAUAGUUACCAUCAAUGUAGGGGAUUUAGCUCAAAAGUGCUAAUGAAGAGGCACAAUAUAACAAAACAAAAAAAAAUAAAUAAAAUUAUUAUUUGGACUUAUCAAAUGUAAAUUUAAUUGGCUUGAAUGCUAAGAUAAUUUGUAAUAUCAGUGAAACAGAAGAAAGGAUACCAGAAAACACAUUGUGAGAAUGACAUAGUUGAGAGUUGUAGUUGAGAGAUCCAGUGAUUGUCCGACAAUGAGUUAUUUUUGGUCAAUAAUUGCUCUUGUAUCAGAUUAUAACUAUAGAAAAAUGCAAUGCCUAUUUUAAUUCCUAAGGAGAUUUGUUGAGAGUUGAUAUGUACUCUGAUUGCUGUACUGAAUUCUUCUUAACAAUUCCUCUCAAAAAUAUACUGAUUGGUUAACUGAAAAAUCUGGAAUUCUAAAAGUAAAUCGAAGUAAAUACCAAUAAAUUGAAAAAAAAAAGAAGAAAAUUCAAUCCAUUUUAAAAAAUAUUCUCUUCAAUGUCUGGAUAAUUGUGGAUCUAGUGACUUGUAUGGGUUAUGUUUUGUAAACUGCACUAGCACAUUGCCUUCAUAAGGCAUUUAUGUGUAUUUGUUGUUUCCAUUUUGUAAUGGAGUCUUAAGGUAUUUCAUGAAAUUAUUCAGCAUUCAUAACUUGUACAGUAUUGAAUGGGUUUGUUUGCAUGCUGUAAGAAUAAGAUCUUCAAAUUCUCCAUGUCUGUACUUAUGAGAUGUAUGGGAAUGUUGGGAAGAGAGUAAUGGUGAGUUAUUACCUUAUUUCUUAACCAACUUCUUUUUUCAUUCAUUACCAUCAUGUGCCAUUUUGCCAUAAUGGAAUUUAUUACAUCUGUUAUAAGUGUCUUAGAAUAUGUAGUGGAGUGAAGUAAUUGGUAGUAGUUUUGUAGAAUUUGUGUGUUAUUGAAUGUAGCCUUUCUUCAAAAAUCAUUCACAUGGUGUUCACAAUUGUUUAGCUAACAAUAUUUGCCAAAUUGUAAUCCGGAAUAAUUCAGAUUGAAAAACUGCCGACAUAAAAUUACCAAUGUGAUCCAAUAGCUAACAAAAAGAAAACAAUUCUGUAACAAAUGUCGUGAUUUUUAAAAUGUACAAGGGAACCAGAAAAAGAGAUUUAUAAUAUUAUAGAGGUGUUAUUAUUGUGCACAUAACAAUAGCUUAAGAAAUUAGUGUAAUAUUGUGACUUGUGUUUCAGAGUACACAACAUUUAUCUCAAUACAUUCCUUAAUUUUUGUGUAGUUUUCAAGGGUAGAAAAUUCAGUAUUUGAGACUUGUUUCAAGGAAAGUUUUUUUAACACUGAAAUUAUAGUAAAUGUAAUAAUUAAUAAGUUGUCAUUGUUGUGUAACAUUUGUACUCUUUCUAAUACUAAGUGUGUUUUGUCAGUGAAGUUUUAAUUUUCAAACUUAUGAAGAUUUUGAAUAGUAAUAAUUUUGGAAGACUUUUGGAAAGUCGAUUAAUGUGUGAAAAAUACAAAUUUUAUAAUUCAAAGCUUUAGGUGAAACAAGUAAUGAAGAUAAAAUUGACUGCUUAGUUUUUGUUUGCAGAGUUGAGGAAUCUAAUUUUGAUUGAAGGCCAAGACCUCAAAAAUACUUUUGUAUUUGAAGACAACUAAAAUUGAAAUAAACAAUUUUAAUGAAGUUCAGAUAAUAAUUACAUCUUUUGUCUAUAGUUUAAUUUUCUACAAUAAUGACAGUAGUACAGAUGGGUUUGUUACAUUAAACAAUGAUAAAUUAUUGUCUUCUUAAUUUUCUUUGUUCUUGCAGCUGUAGAAUUUGUGGAAAUAUUUUUUUUAUUUGAAAUCAGGGUGUUGCAAGCAGACUUUGUUGUGUUUUAUGGGAAUGGUGUUUUGAAAUAGAAAUACUCUGAAACUAUACUUGCUUUUUGCAUGAUCAAGUAUUUUUUUAAGAUUUGCUCACUGAAAGUUCAGAUACAUGAGUGAAUCUGUCUUGAGUUUACAGUCAUUUUGCAGUUGCAGCAUGGUAGUUUUGCCAGUUUGUGUUUAAAUGCAAGUAUUAUUGAUAUAUUUUAUGACAGGAUGUGUCUACUUUUGUAAUAUCUUUAUUUAGAAUAUUCACUUUUAAUUACAAUUUCUAACUACUUUCUUCAGGACAUUAAUUUUUGUCUAAUAAUGAAGAUUUCUUUUUCCAGGUAACAGAUUUUUAAUGCAUUCUGUGGCUUUGUUAUGACUGGCUGUGAUGACUAAAAUGUUUUGUAAUUGAUCAGAAGUUGGUAAUGUAAGUUUUCAAAGAAACAAGUUUAUUCUUUGUCAGAACUUAAAAAUUGUAUAAAAGCAUAGGCAUCUGCGGCUGAAGUCAGUAUCUACUUGGUUGUGUGGGGAGAUGCUGUGGCCUAGACACUAAUGCCAACAUUUUGGAUGUGAUCUUCUUCGAUCAUCCAGCCAACUGGUUGUCUGGAAGAGGGGAAAAUCCUUCUAUAUAUUCUAUAUAAUAUAUAUGCACAGUCCACACAUUUUGCCCUGAGGAAGUUCUAACUUGGUGGCCAAAAUGAUGGUAUUUGUGCAUAGGUUGUGGCAUCUCAUGGACAGCCAAGUAAAUGCUUUAAUAUUUUAUUUUGUAUUUUUAAAAUCUUUAUUUCUAUCUAUUGGUGUGCGAUAACAAAUUUCAGUUGAAUGUUAAUGUACGUGUUAAAAUUGUAUGAACUUUCGUGUUCAGCUAAGUUAUGUAAGCUGUCUCAAGGCCACACUGUGUAUAAAAGAAUGGUUAACUCAUAAAAUUGAAUGGAAGAGCAUCCUGUCUUUUGUGUGAUUUACAAUAAUUAUAUGUGUAUCCAUACAUAAAUAUAUAGAGUAUUUAAUGAUUCAUAAAUGAGGUACUGUGGUUUGUGGAGAAGGUAAACCUUAAAUAAAGGGCACAGUUAGUAAGUUAAUCUGUUUUGUUCUCUCAGUACCCAUAAUUAAAUUGUAAUUACUGUGAUACUAGACCUUAAAAUUAGCACUUGCUGCUAAGCGAUAGAAUCAUUUGAUUGGUAAUUUUGAGCUCCAGCAAAACUACACUUUUAAUGUGUUGUGAAGAAUUGGAACCUUCACUAAUACAUGUAAUGUGGUAGGGUUGUAAUUCAGUACAUAUCUAGGAACUCUGUUCCAGGUCAAUGAAACAAACACAUGCUAUCCUCAUGCAUGCUUACAAGUGCUAAAACCUGUAUUUAAAAUCUAUAUUUAAUAGUGACUUAGUUCUAAUUUGAAGAAUUUGUGCUAUAGUGGUUAGAAUCGGUACUCAGUCCUUACUUUAUCCAGAUAAAAAUAACAAUAACGUAGACAUUAAAUGUACCAAAAGCAAAACGUCCACAACAAAAACAACAGAAUAAAAAAUAAUUCUAAUCCUGAAGUGAUUCAUCUGAAGGUAUUGAGAAGACAAUUUUUCUGUUCAAAUGGUUGAUUUGUUUUUGUUUCAGUAUUGUUUAAUUUUUUAGUAAUUAUUAUUUAGUGUUCAUUUUAAAAAUUGAUUUUAUUUAGGAUAAAAAUUUGCAGUUUCUUAAUCAAUCCCGUGGUCAUCUCUGAAGGUGUAGUUUUGAGGUAAAUUCUUGAUGGUUUCAAUGAAUUUUCAAGUUGUUUCAGUGUGUUGGAACUCUUAUCUGAAUUAAAUGGUGGCUUAUACAAAUUUGAAGGGCAUGUGUUUCAAUGAUAAGAAUCUGUGUACAUGACAUACGUCACCUAGAAAACAACACACAACUGGAUUCUUAAGCAAAUUUUGAGAUUAUUCGUAAUAUUUCUACUAUCAUUUUUAUUUUUCAAAAUAUUAGGAUCAUGAUGCUCUUGUAUUGUUUUUACACAGUGCUAAUUUUCCUUGCAUUUUAACACUUCAAUGUGCUUUCUUUCUUUUAAGUAUAUAACAAGGACAGGAAUUAUUCUGUGGUUUUUCACUUCUUAAUAUUACCAGUUAAAAUAGGUGUAGUUUUAUUAUUUGGUUCAGUCUCUAGGAUAGGUGGCUGAAAGAGAAAUGUAAAUGAAAUGUUAAAAAUUUCAAAUACAAUCCGCAUUCUUAUAAAAUGAAGAAAUUAUAGAACUGCAAAGAUAUUCUUGAUUUGGCAUUAUUGAUGAAGUAUUUUGUCAGGAUGGUCUAUUAAGAUUGAAAAUAUUGUAGAAGCAAUAUCCUAAUCUCUUGAAUGGAAUCUUUUCAGACAUUUGCAUGUAUGUAUGAGUGAUAUGCACAAAAAGUCUUUUGGAGUAAAACGGAAUUAAAAUGAAAGAAAAAUUCAGUACCAGUUACGAAGCAACUUCAGAGUAAUCCAUUUGUUGCUUUCAUUGAUCUAACAAUAUUGACAUGUAAUUAUGAAGAAAAUACUGAAAUAUUUCAUAAAAAUGUUAAAUUGUUCUUAUCAGAGAAGCUUGAGAGUGUGUUAUAUAGAAAUAAAAAUAUUACUUACAAUUUCUGGACUUGAAAUCUUGAGUGGGUAAUGGAAUCGAGUACAAUAGCUUACAAGAAAGAAGUGUAAUUAGGGGCAGGAAAAAUUCUCAUCUGAUUUGUAAUGUGCUUAUCAUGAGAGCAGUAUUUGGUAACUGGAAAUUUGUGUCUGGCAGUUCAAAAAAUUUUGCAGCUUAAUUUUAGAAUUAACUAAAUUAAUUUGUAGACACCAAUUAAGGAACAUUACUGUAAGGAAAAUGUAAAUUACCUUCUGAUAUUAACUUAUGCAGUGAUCCCAUGUGGAAUUUUGGGUUUUCAAGUACACAAAUGUUUCUUGUGAAGCUCCAAUUAAAUUUAGUGCCAGACCCAUGCAUUAGAUAUUGUAAGUUCUCAAUGAAAUAAUCCAAUUUGUAUAUAUAAGAAUCAAUGAUUUGAGGUUCACCUAGGACCUGGACAAGGUGACUUCAAUCAUAUACUACAAUGAAAAUAAGAUUGACACUUUUAGAAGCUUAUCCAAUGGAACAUCUGUUUCCUUCUUGACUGGAAAAUAUAAUGAUUCAUACAUUAAUGCCUUGAUACCUUGAAAAAAACCUGCAAACUUCAUUUUACUUUUAAUGAACACAUUACUCCCAAGGCUUCCUGAUAAGUGCAAUAAUUCUGCAGCAAAUUGAUGCACUAAAGCUUUGCUUAUUUUGAGAACUUCUCUUGCUGGUGAAAUCUCACAAAUACAUUGUCCUGUUCAGACAACCCUGCUGCAACUUGUCAUUUAGUUGAUGGUCAGCCAGAAGACAAUAUUUAUACAUUAUUUUGUAUCUUAAUAGGAAGUUUGUGUAGACAACUGAUGGUAGCUUUUGCAUCAUAAAAUGUGUUCAUUAUUGACUUGUGUACCAAAUGAAUCUUGUUCUUACUUAGAAUGUGUUGCAUUGAGGGAUAGUGCAGGGAUCUAUAUAAAAAUAUUGAGUAUAUUUGGCUUUCAUUACUUGUAGUGAAAUUUAAUAUGUACCUUUUUCCAACAAGUGUUCUUUUUUAUAAAAUGUGUACUAAUUAUUGAAUUUACUAUUGAAAGCUUUCAAGUGAAUAAUUCACAAGUGACAUAUAUCUAUUCAGACUAUUUUAAUUGAUGCCCCCAAUCUAUCAUGAGCUAUUUUAAACUGCUCUAAAUUUUCUCUAAACUGAUUUCAAUACCCUGUACUUUUGUGUUAAAUGUACACUUUGACAGUAGUAGUUAAGAUUUUAUAAAAGACUUUAUAAGACUUAGUUUCUCUGUUGCUCAAUGAGUUUAUGCAAAAUGUAUGUAUAUAUAUAUAUGGUAGAACAACUUGUAAAUAUAUUUGUAUGAAAUUGCAGGAUAUUUUUCUUAAAUAUAUUUUUUAAUCUUGUAUGUUCUGAAAUACCAACAAAAUUGUAUUUCUAAACAUUGAUAUCAUAUAUAUUUCAAAAGAGAUGUCUACAAAUAGAAAUUGCAUAGUGUAUAAAUAUUGUCGGAUAUUGGUAUUACUAAUUGGUUGCUGCACCUCAGGGUUUGGUUGACCUCACGAAUGACAAUAACAUAAAAUAUUAAAUAUUAUAUUCACACAUGUAUUUGUAAAACAACAUUGCUAAUACAGAUCUCUACUGCUGUGA